GAUCUAUGACAUAGGCAUAGCCAACCUUAUGUUUUCUUGGGAACGAUGUGGGUAUAAUAACAUCGUCUUGUGCAGUAUAAAUUUGAACUAAUUCGUCAUAAUGGACAGUGAAGUAGUGAAUUGUGUAAAAUUGUUUAUCAAGGCUAACGUUAGAAGAGUGCAAAUUGCUUUGGCACUUGCUAUAAUAAAAUCCAAACCAGAAGGUAUUACAGCUGUUCAACAUGCCGCUAACAUUCAAGCUCGUUACAGGAUUAAAUAUUCCAACUGUGUGCUUGAAUGGUCUGGUAGUUCAAACCAGUUUGUUACAUAUGAUCAGAAGAUGCUUGCUUUGCAGCAAGGACAGCUUAUAUCAAGUCUCUGGGGAGCCUUGCCCCAGCUGACAACGAUUGAUCCUAUACACAGUGAGCCCCAGAAUUUACAGAUGUAUCAAGGUUGUUCGAAUGACAUGUUUGAGAGUGAAAACAAUAUGAGUUGGACUGAUGUUCAAGUGGGUAAUGACAGUGAUGAUUUAAUGAUGGAACAAAAUGAGAUAAACCUUCAGUUUAUUCAAGCUAUGGUUCAGUUGAAAUCUGUUGCGAAUAGCUGCUCGUACGUUCCAACAUCUGAGUUGCAAAACAUUCUUCUGACUGUAAAUACUGGUAAUGACAGAGAGGUGAAAGAGUUUCAGACUGACUGCAGUCAUGGACCGGACAGAUCUGUAAUACCCAAUUUUCCUCAUUCCGAACUGGAUUUUGGUUUUGUAACUAACAGAGGUUCUAGUGUUUCUAGUGGGAUACUAAAAUAUAUAAUCCAUUCAUCGGAUGCAAAUCGUCUCCUGGUUCGCUCAAUAGAAUCUGUUCUUCAGUAUUUGGGUCAGAGCAUAUUGACUGAAAAGUAUGAGUCAUUAGAUAAGAUUGUCCAAAACUGGAAGGGCUCUGUUCUGGAAUAUUCACUGAAUGUUGUGGUUGAACUCGUGAACUAUUUUGGAUGCCAAGGAGAAGAGCAAAAUGAAUGCCGUGAAGUUUGCUUCGGUUUCAUUCGCAAUGUUGUCGACAAAAUUCUCAACACCGAUUCACUAAAUAUGCACCCUGUAUGGACUCGGCAGUGUUGUAUUAUAGUUGAGAUGGGAAACAGCAAAUUCUUAUGCAUUGAUUUUCUCAACUACUUGAUUGACGUGAUACAAAUUAUGACUAGAAACCUAAAACCGAAAGCUGCGUCAGCUAAUGUCGAAAAUAAAGACCUUCCAGUCUACAAACCAGGAGAUAUAGAAAGAAGUUUUUAUAUAUUCUACAUGACAGAGAAACUUCUGAAGAAGUGGAAAAGUUUCCAGUCGUCAAAGAUGUCAACAAAUAUGAAUGAUACAUCACGGGCUCACAGUACUAAUAUAUUAGAUCUCUGGAGACAGAACUGGUGUAGAUCAUCCAGCAACACAAAAUCACCAGGCCGAAGCAAUGAUGUAGAGUUGAAUCCAGCGUCCAGAUGGAAGGAUGUACUUGAGGAAUUGGUAGUCAAUUUCACUGAAGAUUAUCCAUUCUUUACAUUGUAUUCAUUUCAGUGUUUGGAGCUUCUUCAGCCAGAAAAUUGAAAUAUUUACCACAUGUAAGUCUCUGAACUACUUUACUGAGUGUUAAGUAAUUAGUAAAUGUUUUUCCUGCUAAAUUUAAUUAAGAACCAAAUGUAUUUUAGUUUAUAAUUCCCUUGAAUUAAAUGUGUUAAGUGUUUUUACCUGCUGAAAUGUGGCAGGAAAGUUAAUUUUUUAAAGAUAAAUAUAAACAAAUUUUCAUGGCUGUGUAAACACACACACACUUAUGAUCAUAUCUCAAAAAAUACUACUGUUGGUACUGGACGGUGUUAUCAGUCACCUCCCUUCCAUUUGCUUUUAUUGUAAUAAAUGAUUACUACACA